GCCUUUCUGUCAACGCUACGUCAGCACAGGAACCGAAUGAUGGCGGUGUCCAUUGGAGAGCGACAGGCUGCAGCCGCCUGUUUAUUAAUAUUCUCUUUAUUUUUCCAUGCGACUUACGCGGACAUCCCCGCAGGGGCUGUAGGCUCAACAGAUGCCCCGCACCGCCGUUUUGAAUACAAAUACAGUUUCAAAGGACCGCACCUCGCCCAAAGUGACGGCACUAUCCCGUUUUGGGUCCACACUGGAAAUGCCAUCCCCAGUUCUGACCAGAUACGAAUCACCACCUCGCUGAAGAGCCAAAGGGGUUCUGUAUGGACAAAAAACAAGAUGAACUUCGCAAACUGGGAAGCUGAAGUGACGUUCAGAGUUUCAGGCCGUGGUAGAAUGGGAGCAGAUGGAUUGGCAAUCUGGUUCACAUCCGGACAAGGUCUUGAGGGGCCAGUCUAUGGUGCUGCAGAUUCAUGGAAUGGUGUUGGAAUUUUCUUUGACUCUUUUGAUAAUGAUGGAAAGAAAAACAAUCCUGCAAUAAUUGUUGUUGGGAAUAAUGGGAAACUUAUUUAUGACCACCAGAAUGAUGGGUCAACUCAGGCCCUUGCAACAUGUUUGAGAGAUUUCAGAAACAAACCCUACCCCAUCAGAGCAAAAGUCACAUAUUACAAGAAGUCACUGACUGUCAUGAUCAAUAAUGGCUUCACUCCUGAUAGGAAUGACUAUGAACUCUGUGCAAAAAUUGAUAAUAUGGUAAUUCCAUAUGAAGGAUAUUUUGGAAUCUCUGCAGCUACUGGUGGCGUAGCAGAUGAUCACGAUGUUCUCUCAUUUUUGUUGUUCAGUCUAACAGAGCCUGGGCAGCAGCCACCACCACCUGAGGCUGAGAUUCCAACGGAAGAGAAAGAAAAGUAUCGAGCAGAAUUCGAGAACUUUCAGCAGGAGCUGGACAAAAAGAAAGAGGCCUUUCAGAAAGAACACCCAGAUGUUCAGGGUGAACCGGUGGAGGAAUUGUACGAGAGCGUAAACGACCGUGAGAUCCGGCAAAUCUUUGAGGGUCAGAGUCAGAUUCACCUGGAGAUUAAGCAGCUCCAUCGACAAUUGGCCGUGAUCCUUGAUGAACAGCGCCGCUACGUCACUGUAGUGAGUGAUGAAAUUAUAAAGCAAGGGGCACAAGGUCAGCCUGGUCAGGUUCCUGGGAAAGAUCUUGAUAUGAUAAUUAACACACAGCAAGAAGUGCUGAGAACCCUAAAUGAACUGAGAAACUCAUUUGCAGAGUCUCUAAGGCAAGUGGGGUCCUUGCAACACCAAGGGAAUGCAGCUGGGACAUAUGAGACUGUCCAGCACAUCAAUGACAUCAAGGAACACCUACACAUAGUGAAGAGGAAUGUCGAACACUUGAUUCAACGCAAUGUGAAUCCAAGUGAAAAGGUGAAGUGCCCUGAACUGCCUCCAAUGCCAUCUUGUCUGUCCACUGUCCACUUUGUGGUCUUUAUGGUGAUUCAGUCCAUCCUCUUCAUUGGCUAUGUCAUUUACAGAAGUCAACAAGAAGCAGCAGCCAAGAAAUUCUUUUGAUGAUGUGUUUCCCUCUGGAAGGAAAUACAAUCUGUAAAUGAGGGAAUUCAUAAUACAUUGUUUAUUUCUGGUUGUUUUCAAUUUGUAAAUUAUUGUACUUGAGAUCAUGUUGGACUUUUUUUUUUUUUUUAUUAAAGUUCUUAAUUCGACCCUAGUUGUACAGGUUGUAAAUGAAUGCUUGCCACUAAUUACAUGUGUAAAUCUUGAUAAACGGUUCAAAAUAAUAUGCAAUACCUUUGCUGUAAUAAACCAGUGUAAUUUGAAUUGUAGUAAGGGUUAAGGCAAAGUGGCAAAAUUAAAUGUCAGCCACUGUCUUUUCCUGUUUUUAAAGGAAUUUGUUAGUUCCUCUAAAUGCAAAAUUCAUUCUAAAACCAGAGGCCCUGAAUGUAUCUUUUGAAUGUUUAAGAACUUGCCAGAAUAAAAUGUUUUUUCUCAAAAAA